ACUGGCUUCUUGCUGCUGGCAGAGACUUACUAACUACUUACGCAAUGGCUGCCUCUACUUUCUCUCUGCUUCUCGUUUGCUUAGCUGCAACAGUGUAUCUCACCAAAGCCGCACCACUGGUAACGCAUGGCUCCAUUGACUCCAAGUGCCCUCUUAUGGUGAAAGUGCUUGAUGCAGUUCGUGGAAGCCCAGCUACCAACUUGGUAGCAAAAGUGUCCAAAAGGGCUGAAGAUGGAACCUGGAAGGAGUUUGCUACUGGGAAAACCAAUGAACUGGGGGAAAUCCAUGAACUUACAACAGAUGAUCUAUUUGUAGAAGGGCUGUACAAGGUGGAAUUUGACACCAGCACAUACUGGAAGGCACUUGGUGUUUCUCCAUUUCAUGAAUAUGCUGAUGUGGUUUUUAUGGCUAACGAUUCUGGUCAUCGUCAUUACACCAUUGCUGCUCUUCUUAGUCCCUUUUCUUAUUCAACCACAGCUGUUGUCAGUGACCCAAAGGAAUGAGAUCUUAGAUUAUUCUUACAAAGUUAUCUCAGAUGUUUUGUAGGAUUAUUUUUAAAGGCAGCAGUUAAUUCAUAUAAUCAAUGGCUUUUUGCUACAGUAGUAUAGCACUGACUUCCUGGCUAAAACACUUUUGAGAUACAUCAAUAAAUAUUCCUUCUGUAAA